UUCCUUUCUCCGGCGGAUGCGCUGUGAGAGUGAACAGGCAGAAAGGGCUUGGUCUGGGCAUCGCUGGUGUGUCUGCGCGGCCCUGGACGGCAGAUAACCGGGCUGACAACGCCGCCGAAGCCUCGUAGAUGAACCUCCUCCCCGGCUAUGCUGCCCUGAGAGCACCGCGAGUAUCCGCCCUGCCAACAUGUCUGAAGUCAACAAGACUAUUCAGAAAUGGCACGCCAGUUUUGAGAAAGGCACAGACUUUGACUCAUGGGGACAAUUAGUGGAGGCUAUAGAUGAGUACCAAAUUUUGGCGAGACAACUGCAAAAAGAGGUGCAGUCAACAAAUGCAUCCGACUUCACAGAGGAGCAAAAGAAAACUUUAGGAAAGAUUGCAACAUGCCUGGAGAUGAGAAGUGCCAGUCUGCAGUGCACACAGUCAAAGGAGGACUUCAAGUUGGAAGAGCUGAAGAAACUUGAAACCAUCAUUCAAAAUAUCUUGACGUACAACAAAGAAUUUCCCUUUGAUGUGCAGCCAGUGCCCUCGAGGAAAAUCCUGGCUCCAGGUGAAGAGGAGAGCCUGGAGGAGGAGGAGGAGGAGGAGGAAGAGGAUGCUGCAGCUGGAGCCGGUUCUACAGAAGCGUUCCCCCCGAGACCCCCCGCUUCGCAAGGUACCUUGUUGCCACGGUUACCCUCAGAGCCUGGGAUGAUGCUACUUACACUAAAGAUAGAAAAGAUUGGGUUGAAGGAUGCCGGUCAGUGCAUCGAUCCCUACAUGACCAUCAGUGUGAAAGAUUUGAACGGCGUAGAUGUGAACCCGGUGCAGGACACACCUGUGGCCUCCAGGAAGGAAGAUACCUACAUCCACUUCAGUGUGGACGUAGAGAUCCAGAGACAUGUGGAGAAACUACCAAAAGGAGCAGCUAUCUUCUUUGAAUUCAAGCACUACAAACCUAAAAAGAGGUUCACCAGCACUAAAUGUUUCGCCUUCAUAGAAAUGGACGAGAUCAAACCCGGCCCCAUCGUCAUCGAACUGUACAAGAAGCCCACAGACUUCAAGAGAAAGAAACUGCAGCUUCUAACAAAGAAACAACUCUAUCUCCAUCUUCAUCAGACAUUACACAAGGACAGCUAAGUGGCAGCACACCCCGGACUUUGACCCGCCUCUUUCUAACCUCUCUUACAUCCCUGUGGUGCUCCGCCUCAUCAACUCCAGCAAUACGAAAACAAGGUUGAGGUCAUUGGUUUCCUCUGAGUAUAUGGAGAAAGUAAACGAUCAGUCGCAUCAGCUCAGACUUUUGUAUCCUUGAAAAGUGCAUUUAACCUCUGUUGCAGGAAACCCUUCUCCAAAAACUCAAGAACCCUUAAAUUUGUUUUUUGACUGGUUGAACCGGCCAGAAGAUACCCGUCUGUUUCAUAUUAGAGAAGGGUUCUGUUAAAACCACCUCAUCUCCAGUCUUCCUUAGCGCACUGAUUUUGGGAAAAACAUGGGACACAAUGUGAGUUAUUGCAGGUGCUCAAUUAAAGUCACUAUUGUUUGUUCUUUUGGAUUUUGGUCCCUUAAUGUAAAUUCAGCGAAACAUUAAAAGCAACUAUGUCGACAUGUUGGUGAAGUUAUGGCAGUUUGCAAAGCCACUGAAUUGAAAAAAAACAUGCAUCACAGUCCAGAACGGUUUGUGUGUGCCAUAAAUAUAUUUAAGGCUUAAUAUGAUCAACUAAAUAAAUAUUUAAAAGCCAUUACAAACUGGUUAAUAAACUUGGCAUUACAUCAAUCUAGGAAAUUGUGACGGGUUAAAUAUAAAGUAAUGCUCUGACCAUUUUAAAGUGUUUUAUAUAAUCGGCAACUGUUUUUUUUGCCCAAAAUUAAUGUUGCCACAUUUCAGUGUUCAUGUUACAGUAAGUAUCAGAUUUAGUCUACACACGGUUUCAUAAAUGCAUAAAGAGUGAAGUGGAUGCCGCCUGGUUUGCAUGAUCCAUCCGGUCUUCCAGUGUUCAGGUUGGAUGUUCAUCACCUGCCAGAAAUAUUAGUUUUUAAACUCUAGUGUUACCUUGCAGAUCAGAUGUGUUAUGUAUACAGUUCUGUGUGAUACAUCUUUACUGGCAGUCAAAGGACAGCUGUGCUCUCGGUCUGACUUAAUUGCCCCUCUUAAACCCACUACUUUUAUUUUAUAAAUUCACGUCACCCUGUUAUAAAGGGCAUUAAAAAAAUGUUUAUAAAGUU